AUGACAGAUACUGUGUUCCUCACCGACGAAUUCGGUACAAAGCGUAAUAUGUGGGGUUGUUUUCGAUGUAACAAAGGCUUCCUAAUAUUGUUCCUGAUCCAUGUGAUCGCGUUCCAAAGUUUUGUCUAUUAUCAAGAACGACACAAAUGGCAAGAGUUAAGAGACCAACUGGAAUCGAGAAUCACUGAUCAACGAGAUGUACACGGUCUAACGCUGAUAAAAAGAUUAGAGGCUCACGACGGUACAUCCAGUGGAAUUACUAAACCGAUAUCCACCGAGAAACCGACGAUCUAUGCCAUCACCCCGACUUUUGCCAGACCUGUACAAAAAGCCGAAUUAACUCGGCUAUAUCAAACGUUCCUUCACAUACCGAACUUCCACUGGAUCGUCGUCGAGGAUUCAGAGAUAAAGACGAAACUCGUCACACGAUUCUUCGAGAAUAGCAGUAUAAUUUAUACUCACAUUGCCGCAGCAACUCCGCCUAAUUACAAGUUGGGCCGAAACGAUCCGAACUGGAAGAAGCCGCGCGGGGUCGAGCAACGAAAUGCCGCUUUACGCUGGCUUCGGGAGUAUCUCAAAGUAACCGACAGGGGGAUUGUGUAUUUCGCUGACGAUGACAAUACGUAUUCGAUCAAGCUGUUCCACGAGAUGGAGAAGAUACAGAAGGUCGGCGUGUGGCCGGUGGGCCUUGUUGGUGGUCUAAUGGUGGAGAAACCGAUAUGUGAUAACGUUACCAAUAAGGUGAUCGGCUUCAACGCGGCUUGGAAACCGGAUCGUCCAUUUCCGUUGGACAUGGCUGGAUUCGCCAUGAAUGCACGCCUUUUAUUAGAAAAUAAAGAGGCUAUGUUUUCGUACGAUGUUGAAGGUGGAUACCAGGAGAGUGAGAUUUUGAGACACAUUGUAAGUAGGGAUGAACUGGAGCCACUAGCAGAUUGCUGCACGAAGGUGUACGUGUGGCACACGCGAACGGAACCGCCGCAGCUGAACGUAGAGCAGUUGCUAAUAAAGAAAGGUAAACGUUCAAACGUUGGCAUUGAAGUGUGAUACGAACAAUAUUUAGAACUUAUGUAGUUCGCUACGUUUAUUUUUGUUUUUUUUUUUUGCGAUUGUUACGAGAGCCUAUGCCGUGAUAGAGUAACGUUUUGCAAACGAGGAUGGAGAAGGGAAUUUUGUAUGCGCAUUUUAUUAUUCGCCGUUGGCCAUGUACUCCCUUCGUCGCGGAUAAAUGCAGUGUGCCAUAACGCGUAGUUGCUUACAGCUGCAUAUUCGAUAAGGAAAUAGUCGGAAAGACGGAAUCGCCCUAGCCUAAAACUCGAUAAUACGUCUGAUAUUGAUGGAACAUGAACAGUUUUUCUUCUAAAAUUUUUAUACACCCGUUAGUUAUAAGAUUUGUUUUAAUACUCAGGUGAUGAUGAAACUUGAAGAACACAAAAAUAUAUAUAUAUAUAUAUGUCUAUGGAUA